AUGAGUCCCUUGGUGCAUCCCAUUGCUGGCGGCGAUGCUGUCGACUCGAACCGUUCCAAGAACCGCAAGGAGCCUCUCGACCUGUCGGACUUAAUGGCCGGCCUCUGGCAGGAGGCCCCCUUUGCACGCCUUCCCGACGAUGCGCCCCCGGAGCUGCACCAUCUCGUCCAAGACGUCGACAACCCGCGCCGCGUCUACGCCAUCCACAAGGCUUGCCGCCGCCACGACUUCCAACUUCUCGUCGACCGCUAUGUCUUCCAGCUUCGCAACGGCUGCGGCUCACCCCACUGCUCAACGCCCACCUGUUUUACCUGCCGCAAGCGUCUGGCCGCCAAGGCUCCCAUUCGACGAUACAACCCGACAAGCGCCCGAACCCUCGCCGUCUAUCUCGCCAGCCAGGACAGCCCCGAAAAGGGCCUCUGCCCUUACCUGCGCCGCUCCAGAGACCCUCCUGCCGCUACAAACACAAUCAUGUUCUCCGCCCGAUUCUCCCCGCUGCUGCCCUUCCCCCAUAAGCCCCCCAACAAUCCUCCUGCGCCCGCCAAGCCAACGCCAAAGGCCCAUCUCAAGCCUCCAAACGCCUCCGUCACUCGGAACCGCCGCUCUUCGUUCUCCUCUACUCCCCAUCACGGCACCAACGUCGCAGACGCCAGCCGCCGUAGCCAUGCCCCGUCCAGCGACUGGGAUGCCACGCCGACCCCAAAGCUUAGCAUGCACGAUCGCCCCAUGAGCAAAGAUCAUAGGUCCUUUGCUGCCGCUACCUUCGGAACCGUUGCCUUUAAAAUGUUGGAGUGGCUGACCCCUCAAGGCGUCGAUUACAUGUCCAGGGAGCUUUUCGAAGUUGGUCGCCCUGAGCCCUUCGGUGCCGGAGCCCACGACCACGACUCGACAACCUGCGAGCCACAUUUGUCAUCUCAAAAAACCGAACCUCAGUCCAUGUCCAAACCCUCACAGUCCGAAUCCGCAUCGAAACCCUCCAAGCAAGGCGACGGGCCGUCUCCCUCGGUGGCUGCUCAAGCCGACGCCGCGCCCGCUCCAAAGCCCUCUCCCAAGAGUACGCCGAAGCAUAAUCGUGGCUCCCGAGGUUCGUUCCGCACCUCCUCCUCGCCAAACUCGAACCGAAGAGGGUCGCUAGAGACACUCCCGGUUCCAAUGGCAAAGGACGAUACGAAGCCGCCGCAAAAGAGCGCGGCCCUCAACGGUUUUCACCUCGACAAGCGAUCGCGGGCCGCGCGAAUAGCCCCCAGCGUCAUCACCCGAAGCGUCCCCGAGAUUCCGCUCAAGCCUGCCUUUUUCGAGAAUGUCCCCUGUCUCUCUCCCCCUGCGGUGGACGACGUGAAAGAACCAGACCUUGAUUCCUCCGACGCUGCCGACUCGGACAUUGAUACAUCGGCAGGCUCCGUCACGAGUCCCGCGGCCAGCCGACCGGACACUCCCGUCAAAGAAGAUGCGCAGGACCCGACGCUAGAGCAAGACUCUUCACAGAUAGAUUGCCCUUUGCCGCAGUCUUUGCGUCAGCUCGACGUCGAACUCGUCGACUUUAUAUGUGAUGUUUUCCACGAGGAUCACACCGCAGAGAAACACUUCUUUGGGCCUCUUCAAGCCAGCGAGCCUUCUCCAAGCCCCCAGAAUAAGCAACGCAGGCUGCUCAGGCGGCACCGGGCAGGGCAGUCAUUUUCCAAGGUUCAGUGGAAAGCCUUCAAUGAGCAAACCAUCUUCGACGUAUUGAGCGACCCUCAGUCUCUCGUUCAGUCAUUUACGAGGGAUGGCAAGCUCUACGACUCCCAUACGCUGUGGUAUUGCAUGCUUCGCAUGACCCGGGUUGCGCCGAGUCUGGUGCUUCAUAGUCUCUGGCUCGCUGCUAGAAGCUUAUUUGCGCCGCCCGAGUGGCUGAAAAACGUCCGGUCUCACGCCAAGCCGCUUUUCGAAGGGACUUCGGGGUCGCUGUCCACCUUUGAGGCAGGCUGCGUCUUGUCGGUCUGCCUGCACGCGCUGGUGGCUGCGGCCCCCUGCGUCUCGGAUUCGAAGACGCUGUAUGAAAUGUCACGCAUCCGCUCCCACGGCAUGGUGCUUUCUGGCAGUGGAAAAGCAGCCCGCCAGCCCCCUGCUAUGUGCCUCGAGUACGACGAUGUCUUCUCCAACGACCUUGCUCUGAGGCUGGCCCGGCGGCUGUUCUGUGCCAUCACUGCGCGCAAAUGCUUUGCCGAUAUCGCCGAGUGCGAUGUCAACAAGCCCAGUCACGCAGGGGAAGAUUUCAAUGUUCUCCGGCCCCUACUCAACCAGCUUGACCUGCUAAACACUGACCCAGUUCGCACGUUGGAGUUUACGGCGGCUGAACGCCUGCUGCAUGAGACGCGGGUGCCCACGCUCCUCCUGGACUGGGCAAGGGCCGUUCUUCUCCAAGAAUGGGACGGACGAGCCGACUUUUCCUGCGACGGCCCCUUUUACGGGGCCUUGUCUCUGAUGGCGACCUUGUUUGAACACAGGAACACGCUCCUCCUGGGCGACGUGCAGUUCCGCGUGGACUGCAUUUCCGAGCAGCUCGACGGCAUGGAGACGCCCGUGCAGUGGGCGGCAUUUACUUCGACGAGACAAAGACGCCACCUCCUGGACUAUCCUUACCUGUUCAGCCCGGAAGCCCUCAUUACCUGGUUUCGUGCCAUUAACUUUUCGAGGAUGAGCAGGACAUUUGAGGAGGCAAGCUCAUUGAGAACGCGGAUGGCUGCCAUCAUCGAUCCUGGCAGCCUUGUGACGAACCCGCACCACAAAAACGUCUUGCAGGACAUGCUCAAGACGGCAUCAUCAAAGUACCUGGUCCUCGAGAUUAGCCGGGGAAAUGUCAUUAGGGACGCGUUCGACCAGCUCUGGAGGCGACAAGAACGAGAGCUCUUGCGCCCCCUGAAGAUUCACCUUGGCGAGGACGGGGGCGAGGAAGGCUUCGACUCCGGCGGCGUGCAGCAGGAAUUCUUCCGGCUCGCCAUCGCGGAAUGCUUGGACCCCAACUACGGCGCAUUCACCGUUGACGACAGGACCCGGGCCGCCUGGUUCGUCCCGGGCUCGGUUGUCGAGGAGUGGAAGUUUGAGAUGAUUGGUCUGUUGAUAUCGCUCGCCGUGUUCAACGGCCUGACUCUACCGGUGACCUUUCCCAAGGCCCUCUAUCGGAAAUUGCUAGGCCAGCCAGUUGAGCAGCUCUACCACAUCGCCGACGGCUGGCCGGAACUGGCCAGUGGCCUCACCACACUCCUGGAGUGGGAUGAAAAGGACGGCCUAGUCGAGGACGUAUUUGCUCGGACGUACGAGUUUUCUGUUGCAGCCUUUGGGGACGACAUGACUCGGCAGAUGACCAACGACGACUCACCCUGGCCGCAAGGGCUUCCCGGCAAGCAGGACGUGGCGGUGGAGGUGGACGAGGCGCCGCUGGUGACCAAUGCCAACCGUGACGAGUACGUGAGCGACUAUGUCCGCUACCUGACGGACGUUUCGGUGCGCCCGCAGUACUUGGCCUUUGAACGUGGCUUCCGGGCUUGCCUGGGAUCCAAGGUGCUCUCGCUCCUCACGCCGCCGAUACUCCAGUCCAUGGUCGAGGGCGUCCAGACGAUUGAUGUGUCGGAGCUCCGGCGGUACACGCGGUACGUCGGAUGGGACUCUUCUCACCGCACCAUCAAGGACUUUUGGUCCAUUGUCAAGCGCUUCGACGACAGGAUGAAGCGCAAACUGCUCGAGUUUGUCACAGCGUCGGACCGAGUACCGGUUGGAGGCAUGGUCAACCUGCAGUUUGCGGUGCAGAGGAACGGGGAGGAGGAGGGCGAGGGCGGACACUUGCCCACGGCAUACACGUGCUACGGGAUACUGCUCUUGCCCGAGUACAGGGACAAGGAGGUUCUCCGGGAGAGGCUGUGCAUGGCGCUCGAGAAUGCCCAGGGCUUCGGGUUUGCAUAG